AUGUCCUUUAGAGGCGACGAAGUGGUUCUCAGCUUUCACGAGUCUUGCCUACGAAUGUCCGACAUCGAAUUGUUGAAGGGCCCGUACUGGCUGAACGACCAAAUAAUUUCUUUUUACUUCGAGUACCUGGAACAGCAGAUUUUUAAGGACGAAGAAGACGUACUGUUCGUCAGUCCGGAGGUAACGCAAUGCAUUCGGAUGGUCUCUGAAGCGGAAAUAGGAGUCUUUCUGGAGCCGCUGAAGGCACAGCGGCGAUCGUUUAUUUUCUUUGCCUUGAACGACAACCAAGCAGCAGAUCGGGCAGGCGGUUCCCAUUGGAGUUUGCUGGUGUUUUCAAGGCUCGAGAGGGCCUUCUACCAUUUCGAUUCUUCGCACAACAGUAACACGAGUGUUUGUCGGCAGUUUGUUGGAGUGUUGAAACGAGCGCUGAAUUGUUCGGAUGCCCAACUGCGAACCGGUGACUGCCUGCAGCAAAGCAACGGAUACGACUGUGGCGUUCAUGUUCUGUGCACGGUGGAUAAAGUGGCGCAGCAAAUUCGGCGGACCGGAAGGAUCGAGGGAGUGAAGAGCGCUAGAUAUGACGUAAUCUGCGGAAAGCGGGAUGAGGUUUUGAACAUCAUCGCCGGGCUUGGCGGGAGAAUCAAUUAGGUGGCAAGGGAGGUCAAGCCGGAGAGCGAAAACUGUUGUUAAUAUUGUCACCGGAAGAUCGUUGUUCUAGUUCGGGACGGCACCGCAAACCGUUGCUUGCAGCCAACGAGCUUUCUCGAAGUGCUGAGUUUUAUACGAUAUAUUUUCUUCACGAUUUAGAUUGUAGUAAUUUAUUCGUUUACUAUA